AUGGGAAAAAGUAAAAAGAACAUUAGUGAAAAUGAGGAAGAAUAUGUUGUUGAGGAUAUCUUGGAUGACAAAUUUGAAGAUGGAAUAAGGUUUUACAAAAUUAAAUGGGAAGGUUAUCCUAUUAGUGAUUGUACCUGGGAACCUUCCGAAAAUCUCUCUAAAUCUUUAAUCAAGCAGUAUGAAAUAAGUAGAAAAAAAAAGAUUCCUUUUUCUAAAGUUAAAUUAGAUAAAGGUGAAAGUGACAGUGGUGAAGAAGACAAUGAACCAAAAAUGAAAGAGAUUUUAGAUAGUUGUGAAGAAAAUGGUAAAUUAAAAUAUCAAGUUUUAUUUACUGAUGGGGAAUCUAAAUGGUUAAAGGCCAAAAAGGUCAAAGGUAGACGUUUAGUGGAAGCUUUUCAAGCUAAAAAAACUAAUGAAGAACUCAGUAGAAAAAGAUCUAAAAAUUUUUCAGAAACUGAAAGCGAAGUUGAAAUUACUUCUAAAAAAAGAAAUUAUAGUAGAUCUAUUUCGAGUUUUGACGAGGUAAACUCGCCCGGUUCAAAAAAAAGUGAAGGGACCAGGAAAAGUUCUAGAAUUUUGGCAAGAAUUUGGGACAAUACCAUUGAAAGAGGUAGUUGUACUCCAACUUCUGCUCUUGUAAAAGAUUUUAGUUCCAUUCCAAAUACUCCAUCUACUCCUAAAUCUCAAUCAAAAGGAAAUUCUUUACCAGAAAAUCCUACUUCUUCUGAAGUUAAAAAUAACGUAUUUUCCAGUGAAUUGUCUAAUAGCAAGAAAAAUAAUAACAAAAAGUCAAAAGUUAAAUCAAAUGAAAACAAAAGAGAACAUUACAAUAUUGAAAAAAUUGUCGAUCAUCGUGUUGUCGAUGGCAUUAAAGAAUAUAAAGUUCGCUGGGAAAAUUGUUCUUCUGAAGAAGAUACAUGGAAACCUUUAGAUACUUUUAAAGAUUCAAAUUUGGUUACUGAAUACGAAAAUUUAACAGUAUCUUUGAAGUCUAGUAAAAGCACAAGCAAAGCAAAAUGUGGUUUUCUCCAAAGACUUAUGAAGAAUACAAAAAAAGGAGUAGCCUAUAAUGAGUCAGAAAUCAUUGGAAUUCUUGAUAAACAUUACAACAAAGAUCAUGAUGGGUUUUUUUUGGUUCUUUUAAAAAAUAAAGAAAUAGUCUAUAUCUGUCCAGAUGAUAUACCAUCAAAUUUUAAAGAAGAAUGCAUUCAUGCUGAAAGAAAAAGAACUUUUAAUUGUUGA